AUGGAUGAGACUUCGCAGGACGGACGCGACGGAGCCUCCAGCAUAGAAAGUGUUCCUGAAGCAAAAGAUGCAAACACCGCCUCCUUUUGGGAGCUAUAUGCAAGGCUCGGCGAACGAUACAAAGCAGAUAUGGCGGCUUUGGGAUCUGCAGAUGCUCCGGAGCCCGCAUCUCGCUCCGCUACUAGUCCCGGCGCACACAGGCUUCUACAGGGAACCAGUAGCAGCAUGAUCUUCACUGUGCAAGAGGACGGUGAGGGAAGUACUAGUACACCACGCAAAAAGAACAAUGUGACACCGCCAGAAGAUGCCCUUGACUUCAAGCUUCGCACAUCUUGGACGGAUGCUGGAGAUGGGAGUGGGAGCCCACGCAUGCUCGGGAAGCGAAGGGUGGCCAGCUUGACAAGCGUGUGCUCUCAGCAGGAGGACAUGGGCAUGGACUCCAUUGACUUGCUGGAAACUGGAAGUCGGGUCGCCGCGAAGCCUCGUUCGCUGGUUCUUGCACCGCAUCAACGUAUCCGAUUGAUAUGGAAUUUGCUGUCGGCGACCUUUAUACUUUGUGAUCUGAUUCUGAGCCCCCUCCAUGCCUUCGAAGACAUAUGGCCUCGGAGUGAGAUCAGCAUUUUCAGCGUGUCCGAGUUGAGCGUUCACGUCUUCUGGAAUCUCGACAUGCUCGUGACCACGCGGACAGCAGUUUUCUCGCAUGGGCAUCUGGAUUUCAGACAGUCCGUCAUCCUCAAAAAGUACCUGAUGGGGUGGUUUGCUUUCGAUGCGACAUACGUGGUGGUUGGAUGGGCCGCAAUAACUCUGAACUUACCGGCCCUUCGCCAGAUACAGGUGGUACUACGUUGCCUGCGGCUUUUCCGGCUGAGCAACACCGUCUCCGCACUGUCAGGACAUGUGAUGUCAGACCUGCUCGUCGCAAAGCUGAACAUUCUCAGUGUCUCUGUUCAAAUCAUGCUCAUACAGCAUUGCAUGGCCUGUUCCUGGUACUACGUCGGCGCCGCCGAUGUGGCGGACGGAUGGGUCGCCAGAGCCGGUGCGCAUGACAGGUCGUUCGCACACAGGUACACCACAUCUCUCUAUUGGAUGUUCUGCUGUUUUGGCUUUGGCGUCACCGAAACGGAUCCACAAACCGACUUGGAGAUUCUUUUUGGCAUUAUGGCUGCAGCUGUGGCACUUCUCAUCUUUGCGGUGCUCUUGGGUACCAUCACAAGCAACAGCGCAAAGCUGAGUAAGGUUGCGGACGAGCACCGAGAGCACUUCAGACAGCUAAGACGUUUCCUGGCACAUGCCGGAGUGGACGCUAGCCUUCGGCUACGCAUCACCCUCUUCUUGGAGCGUGCGUAUGCUAUGAAUAAAGAAGGUCGUCCCGAGUCCGAGGUGCCUCUGCUGCAGCUUCUUUCGAAACCCUUGAAGCGUGAAUUGCAGUUCGCUAGAUACGAGACUCAGCUUCGAGAAGUUGGGUUCUCGAAAUAUCUGCUAUCCCUCAGACUCAACGGUCGUGAACCUGACAUGCUGGUGCUGGAGUACCUGGCCACCCGCGCAAUUUCUCAGGCCAGCUUUCCGGCAGGUGAGGCGGUCUUUGAAUCGGGGGCGGUUGCGCGUGCAGGCUAUUUCGUUGUCGUCGGAGACGUAAACUACAAAGCCAACCUGAGUCGUUCAAGGGCUCCCCAUGGCCGGUGGAUCAGUGAGAUGACUUACUGGACGCCUUGGUGCCAUUGUGGUGAUCUCGUUACAAAGACCGAGUCCAAUCUUCUAAGCCUGCUCGAGUCGGAGUUCUCCGGGUGCAUAGAGCGCUUUUGGGACAUAUACUCCUGCGCACGGGUGUACGCCAAACAGUAUGUGAGUUCCAUGAACGAGCAGGGGACUGUUACAGACAUGUGGCAGUACCGAAGCGCUUCGAAGGGCAGCUCCAGCGGCACAGUUGUUGCCAAGCCCACGGCCUUUGCACGGAUGAUCAGCAACUUCGUGUCCAGCGCGGUGCAUGGUGAAGACAGGAUCGUGCCAGUCGACCUGCAGUAG